AAAAUAAAACAUCACUCAUUCAGUUUGUGGCUGUACGUUAAAUCCUCGAGAGAGAGAGAGAGAGAAAAUAAAGGUUUUUAAUCUUUAAUACAAUGUCAAAAAAAGCAUUAGGCAUAUUGCUUGAUCUGGAAUCACAAGAAAGCUGUGGCUCUCCUUCAUUUAUGUCACAUACCCCUUCCAAGGAUCCACAACCAACCUCCGGCGAUGACGACGGCGGAGAUGUUGGGAUGAUUCCGUUAGAAGAAUGGUUACCGAUCACAGAAUCAAGAAAAGGAAAUGUUUUCACGGCAACUUUUCAUCUUCUCUGUUCGGGACUUGGUUUCCAAGUGCUUCUUCUUCCUGCGGCUUUCGCAGCACUCGGAUGGGUAUGGGGAAUAAUAAUAUUAACGGUGGGAUUUGCAUGGAAGCUCUACACGACAUGGCUUCUUGUUCAUCUGCACGAAGCCGUACAUGGAACACGUUUCAGCAGAUACUUGAGACUCGCUAUUGCUUCAUUCGGUGUGAAGCUUGGGAAACUUCUCGGAAUAUUUCCUGUGAUGUAUCUCUCAGGAGGAGCUUGUUCGAUUCUGGUUAUAACCGGAGGAAAAACAAUAAAACAACUUGUACACAUUAUGUCUGAAGAUGACACAGUGCCACUUACUACCUUGCAAUGUUUCGUGAUCUUCAGCUGCCUCGCGGUGGUCUUGUCCCAGUUUCCGAACCUGAAUUCUCUUUUUGGACUCUCGUUGAUCGGUGGUGUUAUGGCCGUGGCAUAUUCCACCGCAGUAUGGAGUUUACCUCUAACUAGGGAUCCGCAAAGUCAAAACAAUGUCACUUACGCUAUAAAGGAUACAAGUUUCGAUAAUAUUUUCAACGCCAUUGGUUUGAUAGCCAUUUCAUUACGCGGGAACAACCUAAUCCUAGAGAUACAGGGUACUCUUCCUUCCGAUUCAAAGAAUCCUUCCAGCAAGACGAUGUGGAGAGCUGUGGUGAUCUCUCAUUUGAUCAUUGCGGUUUGUAUGUUUCUAGUAUCCAUUGUUGUCUAUUGGGCAUACGGUGACGAGAUUCCGGCUACUGGAGGUCCAAUAGGAAACUACUUGACACUUUACGAACAAGACUACUCAAAGCGAGCCGCUUGUUUUAUACACAUCACGUUCAUCUUCAAUUGCUUAUGCUCAUAUCCGAUAAACUUAAUGCCUGCUUGUGACAACGCAGAGAUGGUGUACGUGACCAAGAGUCAAAAGCCUUGCUCCGUCUUUGUCCGGAUGAUGUUACGUGUGUCCUUGGGUUUGGUUUGUUUCUUUAUAGCCGUCGGAUUCUCGUUCUUGCCUUAUCUCGCGGUUCUUAUCGGAGCAGUAGCCUUGCUUGUUACAUUUACGUACCCCUGUUUCAUGUGGAUCUCCAUCAAACAGCCUGAAAUGAAAAGCUUGAUGUGGUUGAUCAACGUUUUUGUGGGAAGCUUAGGCGCGUCUCUCAGCGUUUUGCUUGUGGUUGCGUCGGCAUUAUUUUUGGCUGAAAAGGGUUUACAUGCAAACUUCUUCAGACCCUAAAGCAUUCUUUGCUAAUGUUAGCAUGUAAAUAUGAAUUUCUUUCACAAGAAGUUCAACUUGGAAGCCCUUUUAUUAGUAAUGACCACAUGAGACAUGAAGUUCAAGAAAACGAUAGUGCACUGAAUCUCCACCAACAUCCUUGGAUUCAUUAGAUGAUUUGGCAUUCAUUCGGAGUACAGGAGAACCGCUUAACAUAAUGUAUUGAGGAUUGAACCAACUCAUUUACUUAACCACACACAAAAUCAUUUAUUUUUAUGGAUGAUGUCUAUUUCUAAGAAUAUUUUGAUAGAA